AGACCAAAAAAAACGUCAACGUCAAAUUAUUCCAACCCAAAUACCGUAUUUUGGGGAAUUGUUUUGUUUGAGAAUAAGUAAAUAAACUACUUGAAACUGAAAUCUUAUACGCAAUAAAGAUGAAUCACAAUCAAAUGAACAUGCAUGUACCCAUGAAUACUGUAGGCGCGACGCCUAACGUAGGUAUGCAAAUGCCAGUACCUGGUCCUAUAAUGCAACAGCAAUCUCCACAACAAAUGCAGCCUGCUAUGCCACAACAACCCCAACAGGACAAAAUGGAUAAUAUAUCUAGAGUUAAAACCCUCAUGGGGUCCCUGCGAGAAUCAAUACCCAUGACACUCAAAUCUGCUGCACAAAUUUUGCAUCGGAAUCACAAUAUAGACUCAAAUUCACAAAAAGGCAUUGACAAUCCAGUACCAAGGUUUGAUAAAAAUCUAGAAGAAUUUUUCUCAAUAUGUGAUCAAAUGGAAUUGCAUCUGCGUACCGCAAUAACUUGCAUCCAGCAGUCACAAUCCGCCGCUCACUAUCUGCCGCUAUCAGUGAUGCCUUCGAGACUGGACACGGGACCUACCACAACGGAUUCAAGUCUGAGCUACCCGCAGUAUUUGAACACCGUCCGCCUACAGAUCACUUACGCUAAGGACAUACACGAUACAUUGGUUGCGGCUGCGCAGAACAUCUCACCGACUGAAUAAAUAGACACUGUAAUAGCACGUAAGGUAUUUUAUUAUUUUUUAAGUAAUUAUAGAUCAAUAAAUUGAGUUUUUUCUUAAA